AUGCCCCUCAGACCUCUCCAUUACCACCUUCCAUUGUUCCCAGGAUUUCAAUUACUGGAUGUGGCGGCUCCACUGGACAUUCUCAACAUUCGCACGCAGUAUCCUGACACAUCGAGAAUCACCCUGACUGUAUCAGCGGCAACUCUCGACCCAGUCUCAGUGAAACCGAUUCCACCUUCCAAGGCAGAAUGGCGGUUUGAUCUCCCGUCAAGCACCAAUACCGCUUGCAACCAGCAAAUGUUGCCACAAUGUACCUUCGCUGAGGUGAUAACUUCUCUAAAAGCAGGGAAAGUUACCGACGAUGGAAGUGGUAAAAUCAAACCUAUCGAUGUAUUGAUCAUCCCAGGUGGCCCGGGGACACGUCUAAACCGUAUUUACAACAGUAAUACACUCAAUGAAGCCAAAGUCUCCAACACGCAGGAGGUUCAGGAAUUUCUAAUUGCUGUUGCACCCUAUGUCCGCCACAGCAUCAUUACUAUUUGCACCGGUAGCCAUGUUCUUUCGCAGACUAGGCUUCUAGAUGGACGCCAGGUAACAACAAAUUCAGCCCGCUACGAUGAUGUCACUAAACAAACAAACGAUGUGAAGUGGCAGCGCAACCGACGGUGGCUGCGUGACAGUGUUCCCAUGGAUGUGGUGCCUGACGGCCUGUCGUUGCUACCUGGGAUUGAGAUAUGGUCGUCUGCUGGAAUCACUGCAGGUAUUGAUGUGAUGCUGGAGUUUAUUUCAGCGCAUUAUGGUGGUAUCGAAGUCGGGAUGGAAACUGCGAAGCGAAUGGAGUAUCGCUGGGAACGAGAAAAGGAAGCUUCUUACUUCUUGUGA